AUGGUUUCUGUUGGCGACUCUUUCCCUACCGAUGUUAAACUCCAAUACAUUCCUUGGAGCGAGGAGAAUGCCGGUGUUCUAGCUUGUUCAAUCCCAAUUCCUUACGACCUGGAAAAGAAGCUUCCUGGUAGAACCGUCGUUUUCGUUGCCGUUCCAGGUGCUUUUACUCCAACCUGUACUGCCAACCACAUUCCUCCAUUCGUCGAGAAGAUCGGUGAGUUGAAGGCUAAGGGUGUCGAUGACGUUGUCAUCCUUUCUGCCAACGAUGCAUUCGUUCAGGCCGCUUGGGGUAAGGCCCUCGGAGCCAAGGAUGAGUUGAUUUUCGCCUCGGACCCAUUGGCCAGUCUCAGUGCCGAAUUGGGCUUCACUUUGGACCUUUCCUCCAACGGAUUCGGAAUCAGAACCGGAAGAUACGCUGCCAUUGUCAAGGACGGCAAGAUCACUUACCUGUCCCAAGAGCCAGGUGCCGGUGUGACUGUGUCCGGAUUCGACACUGUGUUGGCUGCUUUAAACUAA